GAAAUUUAAUUGCCCGCAUUCGCACAACGACCCGAACCCCUCCCCCUCCUUGUCUUCCUCUCUAUCGCCGUGUUUGCGUGAGUCACCCGGUGGUCAAGAUACUUAUCCGUCAGUUAGUGGCGCGAGCGGCGCCUUGGAGACUCCCUCCUCCCUCUCUGUCUCUACGACCUUUUACCAGAAUGGCCCAACCUUCUGCCCCCCAGAACCCGACUGGUGAGCCUAAGGCUCCCGUCAUCGAUGUCCCUCCUCAGGCCGACGAUCAAUUGAGAAACCAGGAUGCCGCUGCUGCCUCCAAGCCUGUUGAAGGACAGGACCCAUCUGCACCUCCCAAAGUGAAGUCCGAGAAGGAACUGGAGCGUGAACGCCGUAAGGCCGAGAAAGCCAAGAAGUUCGCAGAGAAACAGGCCAAGGCCGCCGCUAAGCCUGCUGCGCCUAAGACUGAGAAGAAGGCCAAGAUUGAGAAAGAGAAGACUACAGAUGCCUAUGAUCCCAAAGUGAUUGAGACAGGUCGCUAUGAGUGGUGGGAGGAACGUGGCUUGUUUUUGCCCGAAUUCGGCCCUGAUGGCAAGGUUAAACCGGAAGGCUACUUCGUCAUACCGAUCCCUCCCCCUAACGUGACCGGUGCCCUUCACAUGGGUCACGCCCUUACCAAUGCGCUCCAAGACACUAUGAUCCGCUGGCAGCGUAUGAAGGGCAAGACAACCUUGUGGUUGCCGGGCAUGGACCAUGCUGGUAUUUCCACUCAGAGCGUUGUUGAGAAGAUGCUUUGGAAGCUAGAGAAGAAGACCCGUCACGACUUGGGCCGUGAAGCAAUGGUUGAGCGUGUCUGGGCUUGGAAGGAUCAAUAUCACGCCAACAUCAAGAAUGCCUUACGGAGAGUCGGUGGAUCCUUCGAUUGGACUCGUGAGGCCUUCACGAUGGAUCCCAACCUGUCUGCAGCUGUUACGGAAACGUUUGUUCGACUUCAUGAAGAGGGCAUUAUCUACCGUGCCAACCGUUUGGUCAACUGGUGUGUGGCCAUGAACACCUCCCUUUCUAACCUGGAGGUCGAAAACAAGGAGGUCGAGGGCCGUACCCUUCUCGAUGUUCCCGGCUACGAAAAGAAGGUUGAGUUCGGUGUGUUGACCCACUUCUGCUACGAGAUCGAUGGUUCCGACGAGCGAAUUCAGAUCGCCACCACUCGUCCUGAGACUAUGAUCGGUGAUAGUGGUAUCGCUGUUCAUCCCGAUGACAAGCGCUACCAGCACCUGAUCGGCAAGUUCGCCCGCCACCCGUUCGUGGAUCGCUUGAUGCCCGUUGUCGCCGAUACGGACGUCGAUCCCGAAUUCGGUACGGGAGCUGUCAAGAUCACUCCGGCUCACGACUUCAACGAUUUUAACCGCGGAAAGGCACACAACCUUGAAUUCAUCUCAGUAUUGAACGACGAUGGUACUUUCAACAGCAAAGGUGGACCUUUUGCUGGAAUGAAACGCUUCGACGCCCGCUACAAGGUCAUUGAGAUGUUGAAGGAGAAGGGAUUGUACGUCAAAUGGGAGCACAACCCCAUGAAGAUCCCUCGGUGCGCCAAAUCCAAUGAUGUCAUCGAACCUAUUCUCAAGCCUCAGUGGUGGAUGAAGAUGAAGGACCUCGCUGAGCCUGCCAUCAAGGCUGUCGAAAGCGGCGAGAUCAUCAUUAGACCAGAGUCUGCCGAGAAGAGCUACUUCCGCUGGUUGAAUAACAUCAACGAUUGGUGUCUGUCUAGGCAGCUUUGGUGGGGACACCAGGCUCCCGCCUAUUUCGUGAAGAUCGAAGGCGAGGAAGGUGAUGACAGUGACGAGAACCUCUGGGUUACCGGUCGCACAGAAGAGGCGGCUCGGGAGAAGGCGGCGGCCAAAUUCCCCGGCAAGAAAUUCACCUUGGUGAGAGACCCUGAUGUUCUUGACACUUGGUUCUCCUCCGGAUUAUGGCCGUUCUCUACCCUGGGCUGGCCCCGUCAGACACAUGAUCUGGAGAAUUUGUACCCUACAUCCGUGCUGGAGACCGGUUGGGAUAUCCUUUUCUUCUGGGUGGCUCGCAUGAUCAUGCUGGGCCUUAAGAUGACAGGCAAGGUUCCCUUCAAGGAGGUGUACUGCCACUCCUUGAUCAGAGAUUCUGAGGGUCGCAAGAUGUCUAAGUCAUUGGGGAACGUCGUUGAUCCUCUGGAUGUUAUGGAAGGCAUCAAGCUGGAAGACCUUCAUGCCAAGCUGCUCACCGGUAAUCUUGCCGAGAAGGAGGUGGCCACUGCAACCAAGUACCAGAAGAAGGCCUUCCCUAAAGGUAUUCCAGAGUGCGGCGCUGAUGCCCUACGGUUUGCUCUUGUGUCCUACACUACUGGAGGUGGUGACAUUGCCUUCGAUAUUCAAGUUAUCCAUGGCUAUCGUCGAUUCUGCAAUAAGAUAUAUCAGGCCACGAAGUUUGUGCUUGGCAAGCUGGGCGACGACUUCAAGCCUCGGCCGACCCCGACAAAGACUGGUACGGAAUCUCUUGCGGAACGCUGGAUUUUGCAUAAAUUCAACGCUGCCGCCAAGGAGAUGAAUGAGGCUCUUGAGCAGCGCGAGUUCUCGGCUUCGGCAUCCAUCGCCUACCAAUACUGGUACAGCCAACUUUGUGAUGUCUUUAUCGAGAACUCCAAGUUCCUGCUUGCGCCCGAAAACCCGGCAGAAGUGCAGCAGUCGGCUAAGGAGACGCUCUACACCGCUCUCGAGGGUGCUCUGACUUUGAUUCAUCCCAUGAUGCCGUUUGUCACUGAGCACUUGUGGCAGCGCCUGCCUCGUCGCCCCGACGACAAUACGAUCUCAAUUAUGAAGGCCAAGUAUCCCGAAUAUAAACCUGAAUUCGAGGACCCUGAGGCUGAAACUGCCUAUGAGCUGAUCCUGAACGCCUCGAAGUCUAUCCGGUCAAUUCUCGCCCAGUAUGAGAUCAAGACCAGGGGCGACAUCAUCAUCCAGACCUACGAUGCCACCAGCUACAAGACCGUCUCGGACGAGCUUACUUCUAUUAAGUCCCUUGGGGGCAAAACCCUGGGCGAGCUCAGCGUGCUGGGCCCGGAGAAUACCAACCCCCCUUCAGGCUGCGUGGUUGCUCCCGUCAGCUCUGAGGCUGCUGUCUAUCUCCGUGUUUCCAAGGAGGUCGCUUUGGAACAGGAGGAGAAGGCGAAGGCUAGUCUCGAGAAGGCACGCGAGACAGUGCGUCGUCAGCAGAAGCUCAUUAGCGGCGCUGGCUGGAAAGAGAAGGCUAAGCCCGAAGUACGUGAAGCUGAAGAGAAGAAAAUGCGUGAUGCUGAGAGUGAGAUGGCUCGUCUAGAGGAACAAAUCCGUGAGUUUGAGAAGCUGCGGCUAGAGUAGACUUAACAUGGCAUUCGGUAUACUCUUAAAGAAGAUAGUGUCAUCUCGAAACAAUAUGAUUUUUUAUUUUUCCCAA